CGACUUCAGAGGAAGGUCACAAAGUAAACAUGGCGGUCCAUGCAGUGUGGAGGUCUUUUUGGACCUCGUUCUCGGGUUUAAAACUUGGUAACAACUGCAUAACAUCGAGUUUACAUAAAAAAAAUUCCCCUAUAAUGUCUACCCUGACCGUUCAGAGCAGAGGAAUUCGGCAAGUGGUGGAAACACAAGAAAACAAAACAACAACUAUUGAAGGAAAAAUUCUAGAUGAUCCUGCUGGACCACAACCUCCAAAUCCCACUGCCAAGUGUCCCAUCUAUAGAUGGAACCUUCAGAACAAAUACAACUACACAGAUGUCUUGUUAUUGAGUCAGUUUAUCAGGUCUGACGGAGGGAUGUUGCCGAGGAGAAUAACUAGUCUUUGUCCUGAGGAGCAUCGCAAGAUUGCCAUCUGUGUACAGAUGGCUCAGCGAGCAGGUCUUCUUCCUGACCACAAGCCUAAGCUUCCAGAAGGUCACGUACCUAAGAAGCCUAAGCAAAACCUUAACAGGUACCUGACACGGUGGUCUAUUGACUCUGUAAAACCCAUCUAUAAAACUGGACUGAAGUGGUGUAAGAAGCGCAUGGCUGUGGGUCAUCCAGCUCUCAAGAACAAUGUGCGCUAUGGUGUAAAACCUCUGUACAUAAAACACUGAAAGCUGGAGGAGGAAGUUUGGCUCAUCACUCAAAACGUCAAUGGAAUUGGUUUUGGAGAAAACCCUAAACCUUUAUCCAUCAUUAUUUAUUCCAACUCUGGUUUAUAAAAUUCUGUUAGCUGUGUUAAACUGAACCACAAUAACAAUCAGGACAUUUAAAAAAAACUGGAGAAUGCAAAUGCUGACUGUAAACUCAAGGCAUCACAAAUGCUUUAAUAAAAUAUUAGCUUUUCUGUC